AUGUUGACUGCGACGCUGGAGCCAAUUGUCCCAGCUAUAGCGCCAGGGUCAGCGCGUGUGAGAAGAGCCGGCGGUGACAACGCGCCCUGUCGCUGCUCUGCGAGACGUGGGAGGCGAUUUCUAGAGCCGAGCGACAUCUAUAUUUCCACUGCGAGAAUGCCAGGCUCGCUGUGUGCGAGGCAGGUCGGCAGCGAAGGCAGCGAAUUUCCCAGCGUGACCAGCCACAGCGACGGGAUCAGCGUGACCGCAGAGGCCACCUGUCUCGACCCUUUGGGACGGCUGUCCUCUGGCCCGAGCAGGGGAGCUCUCCGGGUCUCUGCGUAG